AGCUACGCUAUGAUUGUAUGUUCUUUCUUCAUAAAGUUCAUACAACCUGUUUCUACUCUUAUAAAUUCCUACAUUUAUUCCUACAAUUAUUUAUAACAUUUUUGCUCAAUUUUAGUUUUGGGGUAUAAAACAGCGAAGUCUUUGGUAAAAAUUAUCAGAAGUAGAUCAAGAACCUCCUCGCUGAAAAGAGUUGAGUAACCCCCGCUCCUCAGUGAAGAGAGUUGAGCCCUGAGCGACACCAGCCACCGCUUACCAGCCCUGAGGCGACCCCGGCGCUGUGCAAGUGAACACUUCAAGCUAAAACAAGUUCCACUUAUGAGCACUAUGUCCGAUUCAGAAUUUGAAGUUAUUCCGAAGCAGGGAUCUACAAAGAAGACUCCUGCUGCACGCCAAAUGAAGCGUUCGCGAGCCCCUCCGUCGAUUUCGUCGAUUGACCAGGAGAAUACAAAGAAGAAAUCAAAGACACACGACAUCUUCGGGCUAAGUCACGGGCGCACGGUCGGCAAUGAAGGAAGCGACAAGAGGAUCGUAUCGUACUUCGUGAACAAGGUGGCGAACGGGUCAGAGCGGCGUACAACUAGCUUGGAUGGCGAAUACGUGGUGGACUUGAAGAUAUACCAUGCCAACGACGUGAACAACACUGAUUCAAGAGAAGUCUGGCGCAAGGCUCUUCUACGAAUCAAGCUGCAGACUCCGGAUGACAGCGAUGAGUGGAAGUUGUUACAGAAGCUAGUUACACGAAUUGACAAAAACUUUGAAGAUGAACCACGAUUUUACUCUGACAAACUUGUAGAUUGAACACGAUUGAACAAA